GUUUCGCCCCCAUCGCCAAUUCCCAACCCCCCUCCGAUCUUUCCUGGUAAUCGAACGAACAGGAGAUCAUUCGUUUCGUGGUGGGAGUUAGAAAGGAGUAGGAAUAGAAGGGCGGGAGAGAGGAGGAAGAAGCAAGAUGUGCUGCGAGUGCCGACCGCUCGGAUGGCUGCUGGGCCUUCCCUUCGCUUUGCUCUCCCUUGUCGUCUCCAUCGUCGGCGCCGCCAUCUGGAUCGUCGGGCUGCCGGUAUCGUGCAUCUGCCCGUGCUGCCUGUGCGUGACGAUCCUGGUGGAGUUCGCCGUCGAGCUCAUCAAGGCGCCGCUCCACGUCAUGAGGUGGUUCGCCUCGCAGAUCCCCUGUUAGCCCCUCAUCCUCUUUAACCACCCAUAUUCCGAGGGAUUUCGCUCGGUACUCGAACGUCAUCUCACCAUUUCCGCUUCACAUUUGGUUUCUUAGUUUAUGCGGUGAUUCUUAUCUUCCAUCGUUGUGCAUCCAC